GAUCUGUUUACAAACAAACUUUGCCAGCGGCAGUGAUCGAUCGAUCGGUCACCUUCCAAGACUUUUCAUACCACGGGAUCAGUCCAAUUUUGGAGCUUGAGUUUGGUCGAGUUUGUACUAGUGCAGCAGUGUGUUCUGGUGCAGGUCGUCGACACAGCAGCCCCGCUCACCGGUAGAGGAACGCAUCAGUCCACCCAACCAGUCAAACUCGCUACCAGCCAAGCGCAGCUCAAGCGGAGGGUCCCCAAUACCAAAAAAGGCUUUACCUCUACUUGCUUCCAAACGCACGCACAAGACAAUCAACCAAAAAUGAAGUCUCUGUUACUACUCUCCGCGAUAGUGACGAUUAUUGCGGCCCAGAGAGACUACACCACGCCGGUACCUAUUCUGAAGCAGAUCAACAGACACAAUGAGGAUGGCAGUUACAGCUACGGUUACGAGGCAGCGGACGGUACGUUUAAGAUCGAGACCAAGUACCCGAACGGUGAGGUGCAGGGCAAGUACGGUUACGUCGAUGAUGGUGGCAAGCUGCGCGAAAUCGAGUACGGUGCGAGUAAUCGCGGUUUCGAACCACAGGGUACAGACAUCAACGUGCCACCACCAACGUUGAGCAACAGCAACUACCCACCGCUCGGUCCGAACGAGGAAGAUGACGGCCAGUACCGGGAAGACCCGAGCAUCUACUACAAGGACUCACGUUACAACUCGAAACCGGCACCGUACAAUCCGCGCCCGGCACCGGUAGCGUACAACCCGGCACCGCAGCAGUACUACCGCAACACGGCCGCUCCGGAACCGGCGGCACCCGCCUACCAGCCCCAGCCGCAGCAUCGGUUCCAGGCACCGCAGCAGCAGCCGCAGCAGUACUACCAGCCGGCUGCACCCGUGCCACAGCAGCGCGCCGACUACUGGCACCCGAACGCGAAGGUGGACAUCAACACUGGCUCGUACUCGCUUAGCUACACCGGCAGAUAAGCCUGACCCUCCCCCAAAACAACACAGUUCAAUCCAAAACAACACACACACACACUUCAUCCUCCACUCAAACUCUAUAUCCUAAGUCAAUGUGGUGUCACCCACAAAACUCACCAUUAAGGCGCGAUGUCCGGUGACGGCAUCAUACACACACACACCGCUUCGAGUCGGUUUCCGGAAGGGUGCAAGCAAUAAAGCGGUAGAGAACCUCGAUUUUUUUCCAUAAAAAAAUUACAACUUAAAA